AUGUUACAAAGUGAUGCUGGGAGUGUCAACACUAUUUACGCUAGUUGCGAAAACAUACAAGAUAAAGUGAAGCAGCUGGCACAUGAGCUGCAAGAGGUUUUGGAAUGCCCAGUGUGCUCUGAGACGAUGGAUUCCACCUUAAGACAAUGCAUGAAAGGACAUGGAGUAUGCAGACCAUGUGCAAGAAAGAUAGACAAAUGUCCAACUUGUAAGCAAGAGUUAGCCUUGGCACUUCAUAAGAACACCUUGUUGAACCAAUUACUAGAUCUCAUUCCUAAGCUUUGCCCUUAUGCUGAGGAAGGCUGUGUCUCAGUGAUCGUGAACCAUGAGCAUCAGACCUACUGUGAAUAUCGACCAACAGAGUGUAAGUUGGCCCCCAGCAAUUACAACACUAUCCUGGCUGCCUAA